AUGGAAUUCCUGAAAGAUUACAAUUUUGAGUUUAAGUACCAUUCACAUAAAGCCAAUGCAGUGGCAAAUGCUAUAAGUUGGAAAUCACUUCAUGUGUCUGGAUUGAUGAUUCAAGAACAUCAGUUGUUAUUAUCUUUGUUAAAAGUACAGCUUGAGGCAUUAGAUUAUACUUUGAAUGUAGUUUACUCGACCACAAUUUCCAAUGAAUUUUGGAAAGAAAUACAAGAAGCUCAGUUGCAAGACAAGUUUUUGUUGAAGGUACGAGACGAUAUAGAAGAAGGUCGUACUACUUUGUUUUGGUUCAGUGAUGACAGGUUCAUCCUGUAUAAAGACCAAAUUUGUAUACCUAUGGAUGAAGAUAUCAAAAGGAGAUUGUUAGAAGAAUCUUACCGAAGCAAAUAUACUAUACAUCUUGGUGUGACCAAGAUGUACUAUUACAUAAAGAAGUAUUGGUGGUUGCAAGUAUAUGAUUUUGUGUGGGUUGUAGUAGAUCGAUUGACGAAGUCAGCACACUUCUUGCCUAAUAAAACCACCUACAGUAUGGAAAAGUACACAAAGGUGUAUGUGAGAGAGGUGGUGAGAUUGCACGGUGUACCCAAGGAUAUAGUGUCAGAUAGAGAUCCCCAAUUUGCUUCGAUGUUCUAG